UGAGGCGUGGGCCCGGAGAGAGGAGAAGCAGACUGAGGGGAGCUGACGCCGAGAGGAGCUGACGCCGAGAAGAGCUGACGGAGCAUUAAUGAGACACUGACGGGUUAGAGUUACAGGGAUGCAGUUUUAGCCCUAAUCUACAACCAUUUUCAAGCUUGAUCUGCGGGACUCGAAAGCGCCACAAACUGGGACAAUUUCGACAUUUAAAACCAAUUUGAGAGGAUUGAUUUAUUCUCAAAUAUGGGCUUGGAACGGUUUCGCGUAAAGACGCCGGGGCUCGCAGCCCUUCUCGCCCGCUGGCUCCUUUGUAUCAGCGGGCUAUUCCUCUGUGUUUCUGUCUGCGAGGCGUUUAACUUGGACGUGGAGAACCCAGCUGUGUACAGCGGACCUAACGGGAGCUACUUCGGAUAUGCAGUCGACUUUUAUCUGGCCGAUUCUGCCAGUGCGAGUGUGGUGAUCGGAGCUCCAAAAGCCAACACCAAGCAGGCUCAGGUUACAGAGGGAGGAUCUGUCUUCUACUGCCCAUGGAGCCUCAGCCAAGCAGAUUGUCACACCAUCGACUUUGAUACUGAAGGGGACCGCACCGUCCUGCUCAACGACACAGAACAUCAGGUUGAUUUCAAGUCCCACCAAUGGUUCGGCGCCACUGUGCGCUCUCACGGGGACACAAUUUUGGCUUGUGCCCCUCUCUACUCCUGGCGGACUGAACAGGAUUCCCCCCACUCUGACGCUACAGGAACUUGCUACCUCUCAGUCCAUAAUUUCACCAAAUUUGUGGAGUAUGCUCCCUGCCGCACAGAGAUCAGUGAUGCGGUGGGACAAGGCUACUGUCAGGGAGGAUUCAGUGCUGACUUCACAACGGAUGGCAGAGUGGUAUUAGGAGGGCCAGGCAGCUACUUCUGGCAAGGUCAGGUGAUCACUGCAGCUAAGGAGGACAUCAUCAAAGCGUACUAUCCAGGCUUCUUCAUGCAGUCGGUGGAGGGACAGAUCCAAACCAGACAGGUGAAGGCUGAACAUGAUGACAGUUACCAAGGCUACUCUAUUGCUGUCGGGGAAUUCAGUGGUGAUCAGGUGGAAGAUUUUGUGGCCGGCGUUCCAAAAGGACUCAUGCUUUAUGGUUCGGUGUCUAUUCUGAACGGAACAGAUCUGAAGACCAUGAUUAACUACACUGGUGAGCAGAUGGGAUCAUAUUUUGGGUACGCAGUGGCAACGACUGACGUCAACAGUGAUGGGAUGGCUGACCUGUUGGUGGGAGCUCCCAUGUUCAUGGUCCGAGGCUCCGAUGGCCGCCUGGAAGAGAUGGGCCGGGUCUAUGUUUACCUACAGCGGGGCCCCGGGAACCUGGAGCUCCACUUACCUUACCUGACAGGCAGCCAGGUGUAUGGGAGAUUUGGAAGCACCAUUGCACCUUUAGGAGAUCUGAACCAGGAUGGUUUCAAUGAUGUGGCAAUAAGCUGUCCAUUUGGAGGGGAGGAUCGGCAGGGACUGGUCUACAUCUAUAAUGGAUACUCAGAAGGACUCAGGGAAAAGCCAUCUCAGGUGAUAACUGGCCAGUGGGCUGCUGGUGCGAUUCCUGCCAGCUUUGGAUUUGCCCUCAGAGGUGCCAAGGACCUGGACAUGAAUGGAUAUCCAGAUCUCAUUGUUGGUGCCUUUGGUGUUAAUAAGGCAGUUCUCUAUAGAUCCCGCCCAAUAGUUAACACCAGUGCCUCUCUGACAGUUCACCCCACCAUGAUCAACCCUGAAGAGAAGAACUGCAUGGUCACCAAUGGAAACACCAGCAUUCCUGUUUCCUGUGUGAACCUGAGUUUCUGCAUAUCUGCUGAUGGGAAGCACCUGCCAGACAUCCUAGAUUUCCAGGUGGAGGUGCAGCUGGAUAGUAAUAAGCACAAGCAGAAAGGUGCAGUGUGGAGGGCUCUGUUCUUGGAUUCCCAGCAGCCCUUGCUCCAGAGGAGUGUGAGCGUGCGCCAUGGCGAGCGUGUAUGCCACAACACCAAGAUCUACCUCAGAGAUGAGAAAGACUUCAGGGAUAAACUCUCCUCCAUAUAUGUGGCCUUGAACUUCAGCUUGGAUCCCAAAGCUGCCGCUGACUCCCACGGCCUGCGGCCCAUCCUUAACUAUCAGACCACCAACGUAAUUGAGCAGAAGGCUCAGAUUCUGUUGGACUGUGGAGAGGACAACAUCUGUGUUCCUGACUUGAAGCUGGAAGUUCACGGGAACCGGAAGGAAGUGUACCUGGGUGACGACAACUCGCUGACCUUGACUUUCAACGCCAAGAAUGAGGGUGAGGGAGGGGCGUACGAGGCAGAGCUCUAUGUGGUGCUGCCCCCUGAAGCUGACUACAGCGGUAUUGCCCGCAACAAUGAGAGCCUGACCCAGCUUACCUGUAGCUAUGACACAGAGAACCAAACCCGAUACCUCAGCUGUGAUUUGGGCAACCCGAUGAAGGCUGGUACCAGUCUGUGGGCAGGUCUGCGCUUCACAGUGCCACGGCUGAAGGACACGCACACAACUGUUCAGUUUGAGCUGCAGAUUCGCAGUAAGAAUGAGAAUAAUUCCCACAGUGAGGUUGUGCCUCACAAGCUGGAGGUGGUUGUUCAGGCUGAAGUCAUUCUACAGGGUGUGUCUCGACCAGAUAAGGUCUUCUUCCCGCCGGCCAACUGGAAGGUGACCAAAAACUACGACGCGGAGCAGGACGUGGGGCCGGCGGUGGAACACAUCUAUGAGCUGGUGAACAACGGGCCCAGCCGGAUCAGCCACACCCUACUUGAGCUGCGCUGUCCACUCAGUGUCCAGGGUCAAACUCUCCUUUACCCUCUUGAGUUCUCCAUUAAAGGCCCAAUCAACUGCACCGCCGACGGAAGCAUGAACCACCUCCGCCUCAAACUCCAGCACACGUCCACAGAACCGCCUAUCCUCGCGCUGAAGGCACAUGAGCACCGCGUCGAGAGGAGGGACGUCCACAGAAAUCAGCUGGCUCAUUUGACUAAUCUGUCCUGCUCUAAUACGGAGUGCUGGGCUCUCCAGUGCACCGUGGGUUUGCUGGAGAAGGGGACGACUGCUAUCCUCAAAGUGCGCUCCCGCAUCUGGGCCGAGACCUUUACCGAGAGAGCUUACAAGCAUUAUGUGCUGGAGUGCCUUGCCAGAUACAGCGUGGAGAAGAUGCCUUACGCCAUCUUACCCAGAAAUGCUCCCAGUGGACACAAAAAGGUGGUGACCCCGGUGGUGUGGAAUAAGCCAGAUAUAGAGAACUCGGUUCCUUUGUGGAUAAUCAUCCUGGCUAUUCUAGCUGGUUUACUGCUUCUGGCUCUCCUCAUCUACGUGCUAUACAAGUUCGGCUUCUUCAAGAGAUCUCUACCUUAUGGUACCGCCAUGGAGAAAGCUCAACUCAAACCACAGGCUGCCUCUGAGGCCUAAACAACCAUAUUUACCAGAACCACAGCACCUGGCCAUAUGAUUGCAAAUGGAGAAGCACGAUGGAACAUUUAGACUGAAAGAGAAAAGCAGUUGAAGAGAAAAGUAAAAGAGAGACCACUGGAACUCCACUGUGCUGCACUAGAGGAAGACAACAAUCCAAAGAUCUCCAAGCCAAAUGAAUGUUUCUUUUUUGUUGUUGCUUUUUUAACUUAUGACUUGUUUGUUGGCAGGUUGGGAUUUUUACUAAAUAGAACCUGUUCUCAAUGCCGCAAGGCUAACAUUAGACUGAACAAUGAAAAAGUGACUGCAAAAUACGCACAGGCGUGAGACGCCUGUUGGGUUUCCUUGUGCAGACUCUUGUGGUGGAGAGUUCUGUCAUAUCCCUUUUAACUGCCUUAUUUUGGUGCUAAUGAUCUCCAGGAUAUGGCCACAUGUAGCUCAUGGCAGCCAGGAGCUGUGGAUUACGCUGCCUGCUGAGGCCUGAAAGUAUUCUUCUGGUAUCUCCUUAUCACAUUAUUGACGGAUCGGUAAACAGGUUUCAGGUGCGAACAUUAACCGGGCUAUAGCAACGGCAAUAUUACCAGCCCAGAUGUCCAGAAUCCAUCUGUUUUAAUAGCUCUGCUUUUUAGAAUACAUUUCAAGUUUGACAUAAGGCCCUGACCUGCUUGAGGUGUUCCCCUGAUUCUUGUCUAAUGCAUGCUGGGAUAUGCUCCAGCACCUCACAGCCCUGAACCGAAUAAGCGGGCGUAGAAAACGCACAGAUGGAUGUUUCUUAACUGAUCUCUCUCUGCCUCAGGUUGGUGGACAGGGCUGGGUUGAGUUGUUUUUGCACGCAAAGGAAAUCUACUGAUACAAUUCCACCUAAGACUGACUGACUGACCUUCCUUUGAGUUCUGAUUUUGACUCCUACUGAUCACUUUGUAUAAAUCCUGUUCGUUCAUGUCCAGAGGUACCAAUGCUAGCAUCAUCAGCGUCGUCGUGUAGUCGACUGGGACGGGACUGGAACCACCACAGGCCUGCAAAACCUCACGUUGGGCCUGAACCAGCGUGGUGCUUCUGUCAAACAAAACAAAGUGGCGUUCUCCUGAAGAAUAUUUGACUCCUGCUCGGUUUGAAUCGAAACCGCAUGCAAGCAAAUGAAGCUUCGGGGAAACCACCAAGUUGAAUGGCGUGACGAUAUCUUGAACCAAAGACGUGACAAUCAACAAUGUUGUAGAGAGUUUUAUUCUGAGAGCAGGCGGGAUCAUCACUCUGUUAGUAGAGGGCUGGGCGAGACGGAGAAAAUCCAAUAUCACAAUAUCUUUGACCAAAUACUUUGAUAUUACUAUUGUUGACCAUUGGUGCUUUUACAAAAAAUAUUUACACAAUGAGAUUUUUGAUAAAUAUUCAUGAGUAAUGUGGAUAUACUGACUAAGUGGGUAAAGAAACAGCAGUCUGGUAAGGUCAGAAAAUGACAUCACUGUAAUGAAGCCUUUAAAACCAGGGAAAGACAUAUUAUGAUAUCCACAAUCUACGACGAUAUCUAGUCUCAUAUCACUACAUCAAUAUAAUACGAUAUACUGCCCAGCCCUGUUUGAGUGUGAAGGAUCCAUUUCCAGCUCACAGCGUGUGUUACUGUGUUAUACUGUAUUCCUGCCAACGUUUAGAAAGAAGUGGCGGAAGCCGACUACCAAAAGGCAACAGGGGACUGAACCGUAAAAUGCUCUGUGUUGGGUUCUUUCGUUUGUUGUGUACAUAGAUUUCAUGUGCCUUAAAUGUAAAUACUUCAUGUCCGCGGGUAAGAGUUGGUGUUGUGUGUGUGCUUGCAUGUGCACAUGUGUGACUUCAUGCAUCCAUGCAUUUGUGUGAAUGGCAUAUUUAUAAUUGUUUGUUUUGUGUAUGAAUUGGUUAUUACCUUUCCCCAAUGCUUAGUCCUGUUCAUCCCAAUCUGUAGCUUGAGAUUGAUGAGGGUUAUGGAUUCUGCAUUACUAUUAGUCGUGAUGGCAUAACUACAGUCUAGGUAACUGGUUUAACUGUAUGGCAGCAGUCAAAACACUUGAAAAAAAGACUACGGCAACUGUCCAGAUCCUACAGCAGAGGUGGCCAGACCUUUAUGAUUGUGAAACAUAUAUGGAGUCUGGCCAUAGUUUUCAAAGAUCAUUGCGUCUCGAAUUAAAAACUAAUAAUAAAUUCUCUAUCAAAAUGAAUGUGGAACACUACUAAACCCAUUUGACAUUAGCAGUCUAUUGGUGUCCCCAUAUAUUACAAAAGGUAUUUCUUUAUCUGCUGUCCUUUUUAAAUGAACUCAAUAUUUUUCCACUCUAAUAUGGAUAAUCUGCCAACUACCUAUAUUGGUUUCUGUUUGUGGCUUAAAGACCCACGUAAAAGGUAAAUCUAGUUUAAUAUUAAGAUGUAAGAAACAGAACAGGCAGAAAUGGUAAAAUAUUGAUUUCUUACCCAAGGGGUUAAGAAAUUCAGUCAACAUCUAGUGUAAAAACAAUGCAAUGUUCAUAAUGAAUUGAUUAGAAACCUGCUCAAGCCAUAUUCUAGUUGUUAAAAAUUGACAGGACAAGUUACCAGCUGUAGUAUGGCCACCUCAAAUCUACAGGAUGUCUUGUACCUCGAACAAAGGGACUAAGUGCUGGGAUCUAAAUGUUGUUUGGAAGUGCAAUAUUUAUAUCCACUUUUUUUUUGGUUUUAUUUGUGACUGAACCAGGACUUUUUGUUUCAAAGUAUGUAACGAGCACAUACGCUAAAUCCUUUGUGAGGUUCUGGCUUUUCACUACUAUUUGCUUUCUCACUAAACAUACUUCAAAGUGUGACACUUCUGAUGUACUCACCACUUCGCUGGACCACUGUUUUCUUUUAAUACCACAGA